AUGUCUACCUGGGCUACGAUGAAAGAAGGUCACAAGUUCUUGUUCACGAGGAUCGAGCUGCUGGCUUUCCGGCGCCCAGCCGUCACGUUGUUCCCCUUGCUCGAUGACCUCGCAGCUAACUAUCUGGUUCUUCAGAAGCACUCUGCCUUUGUUGCUGGUGGUCGGUCUCGCUUCGUUACAAUCUUGGCCAGCUCUGGUGGUCCUGGAACCUCUUGGAUGAUCACCGCUUCUGGGCACUUUGUCACAGCUCUCCAAUCCAUCAGCUCUUCGCGCAGCUUAGCAACUACUCAAACCGAUCGUCCUUCGUGCGUUCCAGAUCGCAGUCGCUGGCGUGAGGUGUGGGGCUUCGAAGAGGGCGGUGGAGGCGGUAUGUCUCGUGCGCCGUCGGUCGUGGCCGUGAAAGAGCCAUGCUGGGGGAAGGGUGUUGCUCAACUGGUAGAGUUGUGUCGCGUGAGGGAGCCGGGCCCGAAUUUGCCUAAACGCCGCUUAUCUCCACGCUGGCGGCUUCGAGGACAACCACCCCACCCACCUAUGCUCACCUUUGCCAAAACAGCACAUUCUGACACAUCCCUCCAUGCUUUGAUACAUGACGCGCCAACACCAUCAAUGCAACCGAAGCCAGCUGCUCACAAAGCUCGAAGCGCUUCAGACGGCAGCGUCAACAUGUCCCAAGCUGCUUCAUCUCCGCCAAAAUCCCCCUACGAUCCGGGUCCAGAUACCCACCGCCAACGUCGAUCGAGUCAGACGCCGCGCGAAACGCACAGAAACCGAGCACAACCACGCGAGUCCAAACAAAGAGUCCAUCUCCGAGCAUCCUCGAAUGUUGCCAUUGGAGAAGGGUGGGGCCAGGAGAGGACAAAGCAGAAAAGCAUCGCUGAAAUGUAG